AUUUGGAAGAGUGGGCUAAUGUAAUAUUUAUACAUUACAUAUAGCUCUAUAAAUCCCUUAAGGAAUGGGGCAAGAUUGUGUGAGGAGAGGGGACAAAGAAUGGGCUGGGGUGGGGGGUGUUAUUAUGCUAGAUGCAGAUAAUAGAAUGCGUUAAAAAAAAAAUAUAAAGCGGCUGGUGUUUAAGUGCUGGCUGUUUGUCUCUGUGCAGCUAUAUUUAUAUAUUAAUAUCUUUUUUUUCUUUAUUGAUCACAAACCUUUCUCAUUUUGGCCAGGGAUCCAUUAUGAAGCUUAUUUCCUUCCAGUAAUCAAUGCAAAUGUGUGCCUCUAGUCUGAUUUGUAUCUGUGGAGGCUGUGACGCAGGGCUCUAGGUUCUCUGCCUGGGCUGACAAACCCUCUUAAAGACCACUAAACAAUCAUAAUCUGCAUUGGCAAUACCCCCAACAGCACUUCUCUCUCUUCCACCCCCACAUCAACCCCCACCCCCCUCACCUUCCCCAAAAAGGGUCCUCCAGAGUUCCCUGAGCAAACGCCUCCCCAACAUCUCAGCACAGCCCUCUCCUAUGCUGGGAGUGAGUAUCCACUGCAGCCUGGGCUACAGCUCCCUCUUCGCCUAUGAAAGUGUUAAAGGAAUCUGAGCAGCAGCGAUAAAGUAGCAGCGAUAAAGCAGCAGCGAUCUUUCAGACCUACCACUGAGGAACAUGGUAUAAAAGCUGAUUGUCUCUUCAUCCUCCCCUCGCUCUUUGUUCCUGGAGAUCCCAAGUGGAAGUGGCCAAGUGUGGGCGCCUGUAUGAGCGCAGGAGGAGUAGGUCCCGUGGGUGACAGCGUGUAGUGGGCACGAGUGUAGAAUGCCCCCGUAUUAUCUGCUCUCAGUCUGAUUCUCCUGCCUCGGGAUCAUUUGCAAAGGUCACUACAAGGCGAUCCCCCAUUAGCUCUGAGAGGUGUCACAUUUCUGCAAGUACUGGGGAAAUGCAAAAGUCACUUUUCUAUGACAACUCUGCUUCUUUUGGAGGCUGCGGCUUCCAGCAGGACAACACUGGCAUGGGCUUUCUCGGACAGCAGGACUAUGCCAGUAGUGACAAUGGCUACCAGCCCCCCUUCUGCCUAUCCCCUGGCACUGCCAAUGGCUCAGCUAACAAGGCCAUUGACUUCCAUUCGUCUGAUGUGUCAGAACAAGCCCAGCAGCCCAAAUCACCAAAAUCAGAUUCCCCCUUGCCCAAAUCAGCUUCAACCCAGAGCUGCACAACUAACAAGUCCACUGGGCCACUCGUCUCUUCUGACGUCACUAGUCCCCACAAGAAGAAUAAAGUCAGCAACUUGCCCAAACAGAUCUUCCCAUGGAUGAAGGAAAGCCGCCAGAACUCCAAGCAGAAGAAGCAAGCCCCUCCCCCUGCAGAAGAUGCCCCAUCAGUGGACAACAGCUUCCUCAGCUCAGCAGCAUCCAAGAGAGCCCGGACUGCUUACACUAACUCUCAGCUGGUGGAACUGGAGAAGGAGUUUCACUUUAAUCGCUACCUCUGUCGCCCAAGGAGGCUGGAAAUGGCCAAACUGCUCAAUUUAUCCGAGAGGCAGAUAAAGAUCUGGUUCCAAAACAGGAGAAUGAAAUUCAAGAAGGACCAUAAGGGCAAAGGGGGAGGUGUGUCUCCUGGAGGCCUGUCCCCAGGCAGUAGCCCCUCUCUCAUGUCCUACAGCAGCAAUUUGCCCUUAGACGGCGACUGUGGCUAUGAGGUGCCCAUGGCUACAGGAGCUUACAAUAAAAACACAGGGGACAUGUAUGGUUUAACUGCUUACUCUGCACCUCUGUUUGACAACUCUUCGGCCCAAAAAAGAUAUGGCCCCCAGUCCCUGGCCCCUGAGUAUGAUCCUCACUCUAUGCAAGGGGACGUUAAUUACGACACCUCAGGCUUGCCAAACGGCCAGGGUUAUCUGGGCAAUUACUUGGAAAAUGGAUCUGAGAGCUGCUCCAUGUUCAGCCUCCCACAUCCUUCCUCAGAGAGCAUGGACUACAGCUGCGCAGCGCAAACUCCCAGCAAACACCACCUUGGCCCCUGUGAUCCGCACCCCACCUACACAGACCUUAAUAUACAUCCUGUGCCUCAGGCUUGCUCCCAGGAGCCACCGGUGCUGACACAUCUGUAAUACUGGGAAGCCUUUGAAGGGCAAUUUGCCCCUUCUGCACCAUUAUGUCAUCAAACAUGCCCUGUACAUUUACAACCACUAACACCCCCUCCAUGCAUUUUCUAUGUAUUUAUUGAGCUAUGCACAAUGCCAGACUAUGCAUGGAUUGCCUCACAUAAGCAAACAAUUACAUGCUAUUUCCACAGAACCUUUUAAUAUCAUCCCCAGUAGUAUUAAAUACAACUUCUUGCCCUGGGCACUGAGCGCUAGCGACUUUGCGCAAAUGGAAUAUGCCUUGCGUCACAUUCUCCAAAAACGAGCCAUUUGCGCCUAUUUCUCCUUCCAGCCCUGUUUGGGCUCUCUGUUUUUUUGUAACUCCUGAUUUUUUUUGAACCUGUAGGGGAAAAAAAAACUAUAUUUAUAUGACUUCGCGUUGAAUCUGUGAAAUAUUUUUCCAUGUUUUAAUAUUGUAUUUCGGUUUUCUGUUUUUUUUUGUUUUUCUCUUUAUACUCCAGGUAACUUAAUUUAUUUCUAUACAUUUUUAUAUUGUUUCAAAACGGUUUUGUCUUUUAGAAAUCUAUCGAACUGCGUCCAGACGUCUUUUAAGUAGAUUUUAAUGAAAGAAUUGAUUGAAUAAAGUAAGAUUAAAAAAGAAAA